UCAUGUUUACGCUUCCCUCGCUCCAUCCAAACAGACCGUUCCUCUCUGGCGCCGCUCCCUUCGUUAUCCGCCGCUCCCUUCAUUUCUAUAGUCUUUUAUAUGCGUUUAAGAAACUUGGUCCAGGUCGCCUCCCUUUCCCUUCCUCCGUCAAAGUGUUGGAUUCUGAAGAUAUAUUGGCCACAUUGAGCAAGGGAGAUGGUGGAAAUUGAGAAGGGUAAAGAACAUUGGAAAGCUUCAGCCUCUCGUGUUGUUGGUUAAUUGAUACCUCUUCCAUGAGCAGAUUGUCCUUGAUGUUCUAGAAUUCAGGAGGAGGGUGACCGUUGGGAGGUGGGCGGCGGCGGCGGCCUAAGGCCCAUUUGUUUGUUUUUCUUGCGAGAGUGACAGAGGAGGAGACGAGAGGGAGAGAGAAGGAUAUAAAUUUAAAUUGUUUAACAAUAAGCUUACGUGGGAAUUGGAAGGGAGUGUCUCUCUCUCUCUGGAAGCCUCUAAAACCAUCGUUUGAAAAUCUCAUCGGUGCACAAUCACACCUCAGCUUCCAUGGAUUCGCAACAGGAACAAGUGCAGUCUCCGUCACUCGACGACUGCUUGAAGCUAUUGAGAGGCGAGAGAGACGAGCAACGCCUUGCUGGCCUACUUCUCGUCACCAAAUUUUGCAAAGGAGACGAUGUUGCUUCUCUCCGUAAAGUUUAUGAUGCAGUCGGAAUUCAAUUUCUGGGUAGGCUUUUGAGGACUGGGAUGGGUAAAGGAACUGUAAGUGGCAAUGGAGCCGAUAACCGCGAUGCAUAUUUGCAGCUAUCCGUUACCGUUCUUGCAGCAUUUUGUCGAGUUCCCGAAAUUGCCUCAUCAGAAGAUAUGGUUUUGAAGAUUCCAGUCAUACUGGAAAUAAUGUCAAAAUCGAAUUCGCCUGUUCUGGAAGAAUGCUAUGAAUUCUUAUAUCUGGUAACGGUGUCUUGUGAGGAUGGAGCCAUGACAUUGUAUGAUUAUGGAGGCAUGAAAUUGUUAGCUUCUCAAAUGUGUACUCUGCCUGACGGUUCUCAUAUGAUGGAGCUUGCUAUGAAAAUGGUACAAUCUAUGCUAAGUAAGUUGUCUCAGGACUCCAUUACGAAUGACUGCCUUUCUGAGCUGCCAAUGGUGGUGGUGCCAAUAGCAAGGCAAUUUGCUGUGCUGCAUAAUGAAUUGAAAUUUGAAGCACUUCACUUGCUUUCAUAUAUCUUCUCAUCAAAGUACUCGCAACUGCUUCAUGAUGCACUGCGUGUGAUGGCAGGGAACAAUUGGCCAGAUUAUAUGCGUGUUGGCAUUGUUGCUAUUUUACAGAAUCGAGUGGCACCUUCUGAGAAGCUUCAUGCCCUUAUUUUGGCUGAAUCUAUAGUGUCCAUAUUGGGGGAAAGCUGGGUGAUUGGUCAGUCAAGCUUACCUGAUUUACAAGAUCCCGUGCCAGCUGACAGGUGUCUAUUGCUUGUCUUGGAGUCGUCAAGAGUUGAAGUUGAUGUUUUGCUCAAUGAGCUGGCCUAUUUGAAAUAUGAAGCUUCCAAGAAUACCUCAACAACUGCUGAAGCUAUUCUCUUAAAGCAACAAAAUGUGGCUGUCGCCUUUUCCUUGGUAGAGAGGAUAAUCAAACUAAUUUCAGCUAUGACUGGAAAUGAAGGGGAACUCAUUGGUGAAAACACUUUCAUAAAGGUGAUCAAUGGGCUUAAUGAGACAAUCAGUGUAGUGCUAGAGUACCUAAAGGAUGCAAAGGAACAUGGUCAAAAUAAAGGAAAUGACCUCCUUGCCUCUGUACGGGUUGUUGGGAGUUAUCUUGCAGAAACACCAGAUGCUUUCAAAGAUAAAGUCACAGAACUUUUGGGGUAUAUGUUAUCAAUUGAAGCAGAUGAUGAAUCAAGCCCUUUUUACUCUAUAUGCUUUCUACUUCCAAUGCUUUGUCAAAUUACAAUGAAGAUUGAAGGAUGUAAAGCUUUAAUUUCUUCUGGGUGUUAUAAAGCUGUUGUUGAAUGCCUUGUAAAAGUGAUUGGGCCUAGUUGCUAUACAGUUGAAGAUGAUAGUUGCAUCUUCUUGGCAUGUGAUACAAUGUUGAAUUUGCUUUUGAAGAAAGGGCAAGUGCAAUUUUCAAUGGAUGAAUCAACUGUUGUCGAUCUUCUGAUGGCCUUGGGAUAUUGGGCAGAGGAUGCUAACGACCCAUCUGUUCUUAUGAUGGCUUCAAGUAUUUGUGCACUGCUAUUUGAUUACACGUCAGAGGAGGCUCUUCUGAAUCAUCCUAAUUUCGAUAUAAGUUCACUCGGUCGUCUUUCUCAUCUCAUUGCAAGAAGUUUGGCUUUCUCUAAGCGGGGCGUGUCUGAUGCUGUCAGAGCAGAAAUGGAUCUUCUUGAGAUUGUGAUUUCAGGAUUUUCACGGUGGGCUCAUCGGUUUCCACGUAUAAGUGAGGCAGUUGAAAGAAUUUCGUAGCCGAUGUUGCCUAUAUUUUUUUAAACCCUUGUAACGGUAAGAAUGUAUUUUAGUUGGCAUAUUGUAUAUUAAAUUAUUUAUAAAUUUUAAAUAUAAAAUUGCCUUCACCAACUAAAAGCAAGGUGCAGGAAGGUGUCAAGUGUUAUUAGGUCCAGGGCCAACAGUUUUAUAUUGAGAGCCCUUCCGUUUGUUUUCCUUGAAUCUAUCAGUGGAAAAAUGACUCCCUCUAUUGCCAAUA